CUGGAUGACCCUCUGGCUGCUUUCCCCAUCUUUAAAAAGUAUGACAGAAACGGGUAAGAGAUUCUCCUCCUGUGCCUCUCCAGUGUGUGUGGGUGUGGCAGGCUGGUUGAUAAACAUCUGCUCUGUCAGGGCUGAGUGGUUUAUUGUGUGAGAUGCAUAGCUAACUACUCGUGUCCUGUCUCUCUCGCCUGUAGGUUGAAUCUCCAGAUAGAGUGUAAGAGAGUGUCCACCUUCAACCCUAUCUCUGUGGAGUGGGCCUAUGAACUAACCAGGACCAACAUGCAAACACUGUAAGGAGAGAGGGUUGAGGGGGAGAGCAGAGCGCAGGGAUGGCAGAUUGGAGGGUGUGUGUGUGUGUGUGUGUUAGGGAUAUAGGCUAUAGGUUAAUUUGCAUAAUUUAGUGGAAUUAAAUUGGUGUCAUAAAACCGGAACAGUGUCGCAGUCGACCGGAAAUAUUAUUUUGUCGAAAAUGUAAUGUACAGGAAAGUAGCUUGCUUAAAGGUAGCUCAGUGAUAUGACAUAGAUGCAGAAAGUAAACAGCAUAUUGGGUCAAUUUCUGCAACAACUAAGACUGUUGAAGCUCAAUGCUCAACUUCAUCGCUGUUUUGGUGCCCUGGCUACCACGCUGUAGCAGCGUGAAACCGCUUGCAUGAUCAGGUGCGUAUUUUAUACCAGUGUUUUUCCGCAAAUUGCAUUUGAGCAAAUGUUUGAAAAUGAUGUAUUGCUUCAUUAAAGUAGUUGCAUGUUCAAUAAUAUGACACUUGCUAUUGUCGCAUGUUUUUUAAGCCCUUAUUGAAAAAGGUGUGUUCCUUGUACCCAUGCAUAGCAUUUUCUGUUGGUCAUGUCAUUUUACUGUUUGGAACAAAUUUAACCGUUUGUUAACCGGUUAAUGGGGGUUGGUUAGGUGGCAGCAAAAUUGACAGAAAUGUGCACCCCUAGUGUGUAUGUGAGUGUGUUUAACAUUUCCCUCUUGUAAGGAUCAAUAAAAUAUUCUGCUGCUUCUUCUGUGAUGCAGGUACGAGCAGAGCGAGUGGGGAUGGAAGGAGAGAGAAAAGCGGGAUGAGAUGAACGACGAGAGGGCGUGGUAUCUCCUGGCCCGAGACACAGACUCGUCCCCCGUGGCCUUCUCUCACUUCCGAUUCGACGUCGAGUGCGGGGAGGAGGUGUUAUACUGGUAAGGGUUGUCAUGGAGGGGAUUUGAUUAAUGCCUGGGGUAAACUGGGUUAGCAUUGACUGCAUUAGUUUUGGAUUGAUUGCGUUCAUUUUGGGACCGGGCUGCUUCCGGCCGUGAGCCAGGUGCCCCGUUUUAGCGGGGAAGUCAGCUCAAAACAAAAGUGAUGUAGGUUAAGCAGGUGGAGUAAUGAGUGCGAUUCUGUGUUUUCACAUGCAAACGUGAUUGCUUGUGGUAAAAACGCUUUAUCUGCCUUCCCAAUGAAAACUAGUUUGCCAACAUGACCAAGUUGCGCAGAUUAUUGUUGGAUUUGAGAAAGGAGCUCCUCCCUCACUGCUUUUGCCAGUUCACGUCACGGGCGUCUUCCCACAUCGUCUACUUCUCCAAAUCCAUUUGUGAAGAUCCGAGGGUAGGAACCUCAGAUCUUCUGCUCCAAUGUGCUUUGAGAAGGAGACGACUAGGAAGGAGACCGUGAUGAAUCAAGGAAAUACAGUUAGUGGCACUACUAUUGAAAGGGAUUGUUGUCGAAUGGUAUUAUCAUUGUGUUAUUCUGGAUGUUGAUGUGUUGUUAUUGUUGUGUUUUUUUGUAGUUAUGAGGUCCAGUUGGAGAGCAGAGUGAGGAGGAAAGGACUGGGCAAGUUCCUCAUCCAGAUACUACAGCUCAUUGCCAACAGGUACAUAUUAUAUAUGAGUAUUCACUGAUUGUACAAAACAUUAAGGACACUUUCUUAAUAUUGAGUUGCACCCCCCCUUUUGCCCUCAGAACAGCCUCAAUUAGUCGGGGCAUGGACUCUACAAGUUGUCGAAAGCAUUCCACAGGGAUGCUGGCCCAUGUUGACUCCAAUGCUUCCCACAGUUGUCAAGUUCGCUGGAUAUCAUUUGGAUGGUGUACCAUUCUUGAUACACAUGAGAAAAUGUUGAGCGUGCAAAACUCAGCAGCGUUGCAUUUCUUGACACAAACUGGUGCGCCUGGCACCUACUACCAUACCCCGUUCAAAGGCACUCUGAAUGGCACACAUACACAAUCCAUGUCUCAAUUGUCUCAAGGCUUAAAAAUCCUUCUUUAACCUGUGUCCUCCCCUUCAUAUACACUGAUUGAAGUGGAUUUAACAAGUGACAUCUAUAAGGGAUCAUAGCUUUCACCUAGUCAGUCUGUCAUGAAAUGAGCAGGUGUCCUUAAUGUUUUGUACACUCAAUGUAUAAUAUAGUGUUAUAGUAAUAUAUAUGAAUAUAGUAGUAUAGUAUAUUAGUGUGUAUAUAUACUGAACCAAAAUAUAAACGCAACUUGCAACGAUUUCAAAGAUUUGACUGAGUUACAGUUCAUGUAAGGAAAUCAAUAAAUAAUUUAAAUAAAUAAAUUAGGCCCUAAUCUAUGUAUUUCACAUGACUUGGAAUACAGAUAUGCAUCUGGUCACAGAUACCUUUAAAAAAAGUAGGGGCAUGGAUCAGAAAACCAGUCAGUAUCUGGUGUGACCUCAUGUAGCACGACAUCUUUGCAUAGUUGAUCAGGCUGUUGAUUGUGGCCUGUGCAAUGUUGUCCCACUCCUUUGCAAUGUCUGUGCGAAGUUGCUGGAUAUUGGCGGGAACUGGAACAUGCUGUCGUACACAUCGAUCCAGAGCAUCCCAAACAUGCUCAAUGGGUGACAUGUCUGGUGAGUAUGAAGGCCAUGGCAGAACUGGGACAUUUUCAGCUUCCAGGAAUUGUGUACAGAUACUUGCGACAUGGGGCCGUGCAACUCAAUUAGUAUUUGGUAGAUUUGCCUUUAAAUUGUUUAACUUGGGGUCAAACGUUUCGGGUAGCCUUCCACAAGCUUCCCACAAUAAGUUGGGUGAAUUUUGGCCCAUUCUUCCUGACAGAGCUGGUGUAACUGAGUCAGGUUUGUAGGCCUCCUUGCUUUUUCAGUUCUGCCCACACAUUUUCUAUAGGAUUGAGGUCAGGCUUUGUGAUGGCCACUCCAAUACAUUGACUUUGUUGUCCUUAAGCCAUUUUGCCACAACUUUGGAAGUAUGCUUGGGGUCAUUAUCCAUUUGGAAGACCCAUUUGCGACCAAGCUUUAACUUCCUGACUGAUGUCUUGAGAUGUUGCUUCAAUAUGUCCACAUCAUUUUCCUUCCUCAUGAUGCCAUCUAUUUUGUGAAGUACACCACUCCCUCCUGCAGCAAAGCACCCCCACAGGGGUGAUGAUGCCACCCCCGUGCUUCAAGGUUGGGAUGCUGUUCGUCGGCUCGCCUUUUUCCUCCAAACAUAACGAUGGUCAUUAUGGCCAAACAGUUUUGUUUCAUCAGACCAGAGGACAUUUCUCCAAAAAGUAUGAUCAUUGUCCCCAUGUGCAGUUGCAAACCGUAGUCUGGCUUUUUUAUGGCGGUUUUGGAGCAGUGGCUUCUUCAUUGCUGAGCGGCCUUUCAGGUUAUGUCGAUAUAGGACUAGUUUUACUGUGGAUAUAGAUACUUUUGUACCUGUUUCCUCCAGCAUCUUCACAAGGUCCUUUGCUGUUGUUCUUGGAUUGAGUUGCACAUUUCGCACCAAAGUACGUUCAUCUCUAGGAGACAGAACGCGUCUCCUUCCUGAGCGGUAUGAAGGCUGCGUGGUCCCAUGGUGUUUAUACUUGCGUACUAUUGUUUGUACAGAUGAACGUGGUACCUUCAGGUGUUUGGAAAUUGCUCCCAAGGAUGAACCAGACUUGUGGAGGUCUACACAUUUUUUUCUGAGGUCUUUGAUGAUUUAUUUUGAUUUUCCCAUGUCAAGCAAAGAGGCACUGAGUUUGAAGGUAGGCCUUGAAAUACAUCCACAGGUACACCUCCAAUUGACUCAAAUUAUGUCAAUUAGCCUAUCAGAAGCUUCUAAAGCCAUGACAUCAUUUUCUGGAAUUUUCCAAGCUGUUUAAAGACACAGUCAACUUAGUGCAUGUAAAGACCUGACCCACUGGAAUUGUGAUACAGUGAAUUAUAAGUGAAAUUAUCUGUCUGUAAACAAUUGUUGGAAAAAUUACUUGUGUCAUGCACAAAGUAGAUGUCCAAACCGACAUGCCAAAACUAUAGUUUGUUAACAAGAAAUCUGUGGAGUGAUUGAAAAACGAGUUUUAAUGACUCCAACCUAAGUGUAUGUAAACUUCCGACUUCAACUAUAUCUGAAGUAUUCUACCACCAAGCCCUGUAGAAACUGAAUCUUCACUCAGGUUAUUUAUUUAUUUCAAUCUCUUUCUGUGUCUCUCUGGUGUCUUUCUCCCACUCUAUUUUUCCCCUCUCUCUCUUUCCCCUCUGCUUUCUUUCUCUUUCUUUCUCUCUCUCUCUACCACCCCCACCCCCGUCUGUCUCUCCUCUCUCCCCCCAGCACACAGAUGAAGAAGGUGAUGUUAACAGUAUUCAAACACAACCAUGGGGCGUACCAGUUCUUCAGGGAAGCCUUACAGUGAGUCUCCAUAGCUUUUCAACAGCUUCUCAGCAUGUACAAACACAUUAUUAUUAUUAUUAUUAUUAUUAUUAUUAUGUUCUUUAGAAAUAACUGUUGGCACAGUACUGUAAUCAAUCCACUCCUUCCUCCAUCUCUCUCUUUCCUCUUUCUGUGCAUCUCAUCUCCCUCCCCCCUACCCUCUCAAUAUCUCCCUCCUCCUCCCUCACCCCCUCCCAGGUUUGAGAUCGACGACACCUCCCCUAGUAUGUCUGGUUGCUGUGGUGAUGACUGCACCUAUGAGAUCCUGUCGCGGCGGACCAAACAUGCGGAGGCCUCGGGUCACAACCAUGGGGGAGGGGGGCACUGUGGGGGCUGCUGCCACUGAGGGACAUGCCCACUUCCAGUUCCUGUUUCACCACUUCCUGGUCCCAUGCUCUAAAACCUCUCCCACUUUCCUAAUCAUGAAUCAUUACCGUUCCCCCCAACCCCCAAUCUGACACCCCCCUUUAAGCCCCAAAACUGACAGACCCCCGACCCCCUCUUUUCUGUCCUGUAUAGCAUCCCUUCCUCCUCCCUCUCUCCUCUCCAUAUUCCACCUCUUUCCCCUCCAUACUAUUUCAGUUUUUGAUAAGUUAGGAAUCUGUCUGUCCACCCCUCCUUCUCUUCAACAGCUUUCUUAACAGUCCCAAGGCUCCGUCUCAGUAAUCCUAACGUGUGUACUAUUAUGGAUAGAGCAGUGUAUUGGCCAAGCAUUCUGAAUGGUAGAUUAAGGUGGAUGUUGGGACAGAGCCCCACAAAUGUAUUUCUCUUAGUUUGAUGAGAUGUUCUGUAGAUACUUGCACCCCCUCUCUCCUCUCUCGCUCUUUCUCCCUUGCUCUCUCAUCUCUCCUCAUCAAAGAAAUACACAGAGCCUGUGAUCAGUUUCAGUUUAUCUUCGACAGUUUUCAAAAUGCAAUUGGAUGGCAGGAAGACCCAAUGUUGCUAUGUUAAGAUCCCCUGGCUCCUCCCUAACAACCCCUUCAGUAGUUUGCAUGGCAACCAA